AUGGAAAAUACUAAGUGUAGUAUUSAAAGUGAUCAUCAAAUUGCARCUAAAGCUCAAAAGAUAUCUACCGGUGCCGAUAAUGAUGGAGAAAUAGAUUCAAUGGAUGGUUUGUGUCGAUAUAUAUUUGUCACAUUACCGAUUGCACAAGAUAUUGAUGAAAUAGCGCCGAUAUUGCAAUUUUAUCGGCAAAAUGRUCACCAAAAGUYGGYCAACUACCCGACGGAUGAGAGGAAAUUAAUCSGCGAAUUGUCGGAUGAAAAUUAUCUUUCAGUCGAUCGCAUYAUAUUUAUAACACACGGUUUUCUGGCGUCACAUGAAAGCAAAUGGUUGGACCACUURAAAGACGAGUUACUUAGAGAGUGYGACCAACUGAUAGUGAAAGUUGGUUGGGGUAACGGUGCCGGUGUUUCGUACAACUCAUUCUACCCGCAGGCGGCCUCCAAUGCCAUAGAAGUGGGCAAAUGGCUCGCAAAAUAUAUUGUUGAACUGAAAACACGGUUCAAACAUUUACACAUUUACUGUGUGGGCCAUAGUCUGGGRGCACACMUAUUUGGAAGUGCCGGACGACACGCUAUGGAAUUAACGGUUUCAGAUCAACCAAUAGUCGACAGAAUUACCGGUUUAGAUCCGGCCGGAGAAGUCUUUGAAAACGAUGUUAACAGUGAUAAACGAUUGCGCCGUACGGACGCCAAGUUUGUCGAUGUGAUACAUACAGAUGGUUGGGGUUAUGUCUACUAUUUUGGCACUUUAUUACCGWUGGGUUGUAUUGACUUUUACCCGAACUAUGGUUAUCAACAAAACUAUUCCGAAACAUUAAAUCAAGAAGAAAAGUGUCGAAAUUYRACAGCUUUGGGUGGUAUGGGUUAUAGUCAUUCCCGAUGUAUUGAUUUUUUCAUUUGGAGUAUCAAUAAUAAGGAUGAAUUCAAAACAGAUAAAGUGUUGGUUGAAGAGCCAGCCGUACAAAAAAUCAAUCCCGAAACCAAACCGUCUGACUAUAYRAUGCAAAUGGGUUAUCACUCCGACCGUUAUGUCGACCAUUUGGACAAAUUGGAUGACAAACGUUGGUUUAUAUGUGCGGCAUUGACUUGUGGUGAAUCAACAUCUGUUGAUUUUGUUGAUGAGAUUGAAUGUGAUGUCUGUGUUGUUGGUGUGUUGCCAGAGUCGGUGACAGAUGAAUGA